CCUGACGUGGCGCGCCGCUAAAGGCCCGCUGCUUCUUCCGUGGGCCGUCACCAUUGGACAGAUGAACAAGUUUGUCAAGUUCACUUUAAAUAAAUGUAAAAUUAAAGCUGUGUGCGGUAUGAACUGUGAGAGUGAGCCGUUACUGCUGCACGCAAAUCAGACGAGUGUGGAACAAAUGCGUCUCUGAUAAAGGAAAAGGAUUUGAACAAGGUGCCAGAGCGCGCGGACAUGCCUCGAGUCUCGGCCACGGCGCUGCUCCAGGUCGCGCUGCUCCUGUCCGCUGUGCCCGCGCAGUACUUCAUCUCCAGGUGGUACGGCAGCACGGCCACGCAACGUUUCCACGCCACUACGAGGUUACUCCGGAUCUGGAAGGACUUGAGGUCUUCGUACCUGAACGGCACGGCGUGGACAGAGUGGAGCAGCCAGCAGUUCUCCAGAGUCACGUCUUAUUUGGGAUUUGAAACAGAUACAGAAGAGUCUCCAAACACCCCGCCGCUUGAACAUAUGCUUUUUGAUAACGACCUGGGAUAUUUUGGAGCCUCAAAGACAAUCCGUAAACCCCGGCCUCCUUACGUCUUCCUGCGGGUGGGAGAGGUCGUCCUGGAGUCUAAGCGUAACAUGGUGGGGGUGGUGGUCAGCUGGGACCCUGAGCUCAGAGCCCCGGCGGAAUGGGUGGACCGCGUGUACUCCGACUUUGAGAGCGUUAAAGCGGAGAAGACUCCUCAUUACAAAGUGUUAUUUAACGGGCCUGGGGAAUCCUCUCUGCUGGUGGCCUACCUCCCUCAGACUCAGCUGGAGAGAGUCACAGGGAUGAAGCCGAACAUUCCCACUUUGGAGAACUAUUUCACUCAUUUUGACGGUGAGCGGUUUGUGAUGCAGCCCUGGCUCAGAGCGAUGUUUCCUGAAGAUGAAGACACGGAAUACUCGGAAUACUGACAAAGAUUGUGCACAAUGAAUGUAACGCUGAAGAGGGCAAAAUGAGGAACAAUAAAUGAGUCUAUGAAGUGAUUUAAUUUAAGGAUUUAUGUGUAAAAAUACAGUAUUUUUAGUAAUAAAAUGCACUUUAA